AUGGAGCAGAGUAGCGACAAUCGAGGAAGUGGCGGCUCUGGCCGUGGUCAUUGCGGCACCAGAAGUAAUCGUGGUGGCGGUGGCGGCAGAGGUGGGAAUUACCCACGUAACCAGCACCAUCAGCAGGGUCAGUAUCAAAGUGGUGGUGGUGGAAGAGGAGUGGGUAGGGGUCGGGUUCCCACCCAGACCGGUGAUCAGCAACGGGGUAAUAGGCCGGGUCAAGGAGGUCAAGGUGGUGGCAAGUACAGGCCACACCAACAGAGUGGUCAGGGUGUGGGGCCUGCAAGGGUGGAAUCAAGUGAAGGGUGUGUGGUUGGUGGACGAGGAGGAGCGGGUGGUGGAAGAGGAGUGUGGACUGCGAGGCCUUCGGGACCCACUUUUGUGCCUGGUCAAUCCCAACCUCAGUCCUUGCCUGCUCCUGUUAUUCCAAAUAUCCAAUCAUUGGAAAUUUCAGAGCAGAAGCCACCAUCAACUCUUCUGGAUGGUAGGGAGAAAAAACUUCCCAUAAAACGGCCUGACAACGGGGGCAAGCUUGCAAUCAGGGAGGUAAGGCUUCUCGUCAACCAUUUUCCUGUCAGUUUCGAUCCAAAGAGGAUGGUAUUCCACUAUGACGUGGAUAUUAAACCAGAUAUGUCUCCACACAAUUGUUCUGCAAAGAAAUCAAUGUCAAAAUCUGUUCUGCGUUUGAUCAAGGACAAACUAUUCUCUGAUGAUCCAACGCGAUUUCCUCUGAACAUGACUACUUAUGAUGGCGAGAAGAACAUUUUCAGUGCAGUGCCAUUGCCCACGGGGAAUUUCAAGGUGGAAUUGUCUCGUGGGGAAGAGAUGAAGAGCCGCUCCUAUAUAUUGACAGUUAAGUUGGUAAACGAGCUGAAGUUUUCCAAGCUAGAGGAUUACUUGAGUGGAAACCUUUUGUGUAUCCCUCGUGAUAUACUACAGGGGAUGGAUUUGGUAAUGAAGGAGAAUCCGUGUAGGCAUAGGAUCUCUGUUGGGCGAAGCUUUUAUUCCAAAGAGUUCAGGGAGCAAGAUGACCUCUGGUGGGGCGUUGCAGCGUUUAGAGGCUUUCAACAUAGCCUAAAGCUCACCUCCCAGGGUACAGUCUUAUGUUUGGACUCUUCAGUUAUGGCAUUGCGUAAACGAUUGCCGGUCAUAGAAUUCCUUAUGGAGCAUUUUGAUGUAAGUGAUGUCAGAAAGUUGAAAAGAGGAAUGAUGACAAGUGCAUUAAAAGGAUUGAAAGUUAAUGUAACUCACCGCAACACCACACAGAAGUUUAUUAUAGCAGGGUUAAGCAGUCAAAAUACAGGAGAUCUUAAAUUCCCUCUUGAAGAUCCAGAGGGGAAGCAUCCACCAAGGGAAAUUAGCCUUAUCGAAUAUUUCAGGGAGAAAUAUAGGACAGAAAUUAUGUACAAGGAUGUUCCCUGUCUAGACUUGGGGAGAGGUGAUCGAAAAAAUUAUGUGCCUAUGGAAUUUUGUACUUUGGUGGAGGGGCAAAGGUAUCCGAAGGAAGACUUGGAUAGAGACACAGACUGGUUAUUGAAGAAAAAAUCAAUGCCUCGACCGAAGGAAAGGAAAAACAUUAUCUGUGAGAUGGUGCAGGCUGAAGAUGGACCUUGUGGAGAUGUAGCUCAAAAUUUUGGAAUUGUAGUUGACACUGCCAUGACAAGAGGACUUGGUCGUGUUAUUGAACCACCUACUUUAAAAGUUGGCAAUGGGAAUAUGAUAAGAGUUGACAGGGAGAAAUGUCAAUAUAACCUCGUUGGUAAAUCUGUGGUGGAAGGCAAGCCAGUCGAGCGAUGGGCCUUGAUAGAUUUCAGUUCGUUUGAUCGUUAUAAUAAGCUGAAUUCUGGUGUUUUCAUUCAGAAUCUGAGAAAUAGAUGCAGAAGUCUAGGCAUCCGCAUGGAGGAACCUGUUGUGCGCCGUUCCACAGACAUGCAUGAAUUCUCUGGUGUCAAUGCAAUUCAAGAACUUCUUGCAAGUGUGGUUAAGGAGGCUAAUGGGAAAUGUAAGGGUCCGUUACAAAUUAUUGUUUGUGUGAUGACCGUGAAGCAUCCUGGAAAAAAGGAUCUUAAAUGGGUCUCUGAGAUUCAGAUUGGGGUAUUGACUCAAUGUUGCUUGUCCAGUACUGCCAACAACAAAGGGGAUGAUCAGUAUUAUGCUAACGUUGCUCUCAAGAUUAAUGCCAAAGUUGGGGGUAGUAAUGUUGAACUAAUUGAACGACUCCCCUGUUUUGAGAGUGAAGAACAUGUUAUGCUUGUGGGGGCUGAUGUCAAUCACCCUGGUGCGUGGAAUGCAACAUGUCCAUCAAUCGCCGCGGUUGUUGCGACAAUGAAUCCAGCUGCCAAUCGUUAUGCCGCAAGGAUUUGUCCCCAGGAGCACCGAAAGGAGAAGAUUCUGAAUUUUGGGUCCAUGUGUUUGGAUCUAAUCAACACCUAUGAUCGGCUUAACAAAACCAAGCCAAAAAAAAUUCUGAUAUUUCGAGAUGGGGUAAGUGAAGGCCAAUUUGAAAUGGUUCUUAACGAAGAAUUACUUGAUAUAAAGAAGGCUAUAUGCACUGAAGAUUACCACCCAACAAUCACUCUUGUUACUGUCCAGAAGCGACACCCGACUCGACUGUUUCUUGAGAAUGAGAGGGAUGGGGGUGCAUCUGGUAACGUGCCUCCAGGAACAGUUAUAGAUACAACAAUUUGUCAUCCUUUUCUAUUUGAUUUCUAUCUUUGCAGCCAUUAUGCAAUCCUCGGGACAAGCAAGCCGACGCACUACUGUGUCCUCUGGGAUGAGCAUAAAUUUACGUCUGACCAAUUACAGAAGCUCACAUAUCACUUGUGCUUCACCUUUGCACGAUGCACCAAGCCUGUCUCGCUUGUCCCUCCAGUUUACUAUGCUGGCCUUGUUGCGUUCAGGGGACGUGAAUAUCAAGAGGUGGCAGUGGAGUUGCAGUCUCAUGCUUCAGCCGCAUCUUCAUCCUCUGGUUCACCAUCAUCAUCUUCGACUUCAGCUGCUUCAUUUGAUGAGAGGUUCUACAAACUUCACCCAGACCUCGAGAACGAGAUGUUUUUCAUUUGAGCGGCCAAACAUGGUCGUCUAAAUUUCCUUCACCGUUGAGCUAUUCUCUAUAUCGUUCGCUGCUGG